AUGCAGUACAAGAUCGUCGCCCUCUCCCUGGCUGCCGCCGUCGUCAACGCUGACCUCCGCCUCGGCACCAACGACAUCCCCCAGGACUGCAAUGCCAUCUGCCGUCCCAUCCGUGACCUUGGCAAUGUUUGCACUGUCAACUUCAUUCCUGGCCAGGGCAACAACAACAGCGACCAGACUCAGGACCAGCUCGAUGCUCAGUGUGUCUGCACUAACACCUCCUUCGAUGUCAAGAACCUGGCUGCCCAGUGCUCCGCCUGCAUGGCUGAGAAGGUCCCCAACGACCAGCAGCGCAGCCUCGAGGGCAUCAACAGCAUCAUGAGCGUCUGCGACUUCCAGUCCACCUCUUAUGCUUCCUCCGCCACCAGCAUUGCCAACACCGUCAUCGUCCUGGCUACCCGUCUGACCGCCAGCUCCCAGCUGACCACCACCCUCGGCGGCGGUGCCACCCCUGCCCCCUCCAACACCCGCAGCGCCAUCACCACCACCUUCCUCACCUCCAACGGCGCCGGCUUCCCCUCUGUCGCUACCUCCGUCAUCGGUGGUGGCCAGACCGGCUCCCCCAACGCCGCCGCCGGCGUUGUCGCCCCCGGCAGCAACAGCCUCCUCGGCGCUGCUGGCCUCGCCGUUGCCGGUGCCUUCGCUCUCGGCGCCUUCAUGCUCUAA